AUGCUCAUCGACGGUGAGAAGUGGGCUUGUGAAGCUUGCGUGCGAGGCCACCGCGUGUCAAGCUGUCGACAUAAUGACCGACCGUUAAUUCGAAUCAAUAAAAAGGGCCGGCCGUUCUCGGUCUGCAUCAUCUGUCGCGGACCGUGUAACAGCCGAGAAGAGCAUAGCAAGCUCAACCGUGACAAAAAGUCUGAUGGUGAGAGCGAUAGCAAAUCCUCUGGAAAAAAGCCAUCCGCUCGACGUCGAAUCCAGCCCUCCUCGUUUGCACGCAUUGCACCACAUCCUGCACCACUCCCGUCUACAAGUGAGCCAUUUACGACCAGCCAAUCUCGAUCUCGUUCGCGCCGCUCGCCAUCCAAUCCGAGGCGAUCUUUGCAACCUUCACCCCCGACUUCUUCAUCUUCUAUGAUUGCAACCACAGUAACAACGACAGCAUCAACGUUUACCAGCAACGGUUAUAUACCACCUUUCGAUCCAGCCCUGGUCCAUUCGACCGGCACCUAUAUGCCGGGUUUCACUACCACCGCGCCGCUAGCCGGCACCACCAGCCCUAUGGGAUAUCCAUACGUGUCUCUGCCAAUGAUGGAAGAGCCUUUUUUACCAACUUCAUCUGCAUACCCGUUUACAGACGACAUGAUGUUUGCAGCCGACAAUGGCUUUGUGUCGGACUCGAUGUAUACCGGGUUUGAGGAUAUGGAUGCUCUUCCGGAAGAUUGGUCGACGUUUUUUUGGAAUGAUUCAUGA